AUGAGCAACAUGAACGGCACAUCUGCUUCUGCGAGCUCCACGAGCUCAUCAGGGCUGGUGCUGCACCAUCUCGAGCUGAGUCGAUCCAACCGCAUCCUGUUCUUGCUCGAAGAGCUUCAAGUGCCUUACGAGGUCAAGGUCUAUAAGCGCGAUCCCGUCACACGGCUCGCGGGCGACGACCUCAAGCAGGUGCACCCACUCGGUCGCUCUCCCGUGCUAGCCGACGGAGGCCUUGUCAUCAUCGAGACGAACGCGAUCAUCGAGCAUCUUUUGCUGCACUACUACGACCCCGCCCGUGUCUCGCUCGGUCCGCAACUCGGCCAAAAGACGCAGGCUAGCAUCGAUCUGUCGGCGUGGAUCCAGUUCGGCGAGGCAUCCGUCAUGCUGCACGGCAUUUCUAUGAUGUAUGCGAUCAAGGGCGGGGCAGCGUCCGAGGACGGUUCGGCAGGCGUGGAGAAGGUGUCUGCUCGAGGCAUCAAGGCGGAUCUGGCGUAUGUCGAGGAGACACUGCAGAAGAACCGAGGACAGCUGGUGGCAGGGUAUGAUUUCACGGCGGCGGAUUGUGCGAUGCUGGUCAGUGUCGAUAUGGUGUGGCACAUCUUGUGCUUGAAGUCGGAGCAGUGGCGUAGCAAUCUGGGGCUGGAGCUGGGACCCGCGACCAAAGCGUGGAUGGACAAGUGCAUGAAGCGACCAGCCUUUCGGGCUGCUCUGCGCAAGGAAGGCGUUCCCGAGGGUCAGAGUGACUGGUUGGCAGCAUACUUUGGCGGUGCCAACUCCGCUUCCUCCUCGCAAGCAUGCAAGAAGGCGAGAAAGAGCCUCUUCCGACCCUGCAUCGAUCUGCACGAGGGCGUAGUCAAACAGAUUGUUGGAGGAACGCUCACCGAUACCGACUCAACGCUCAAGACCAACUUUGUCGCAACCCACAGCCCGGCCCACUUCGCCUCGCUCUACCGCCAGCACAAGCUCACGGGUGGACACGUGAUUAAGCUCGGACCGCGCAACGACGAGGCUGCUACUGCCGCGGUUUCGGCGUGGCCGCAAGGGCUGCACGUCGGUGGCGGCAUCAACGGCGACAACGCAUCCGAGUGGCUGCAGAAGGGCGCAGAAAAGGUGAUCGUCACGUCGUACCUCUUCCCUCAGUGCAAGUUCAGCCUGGAACGACUGCAGGACCUGAGUGCGCAGGUGGGCAAGCAGAGGCUAGUGGUGGAUGUGAGUUGCCGGAAGAAGGGCGAUCGGUGGAUCGUGGCGAUGAACCGGUGGCAGGAUAUGACGGAUAUGGAGGUGAACAAACAGAGUCUGGAUCUGCUGGCGGAACACUGCAGCGAGUUCUUGAUCCAUGCUGCGGAUGUGGAAGGGCUAUGCCAAGGGAUCGACCAGGAGUUGGUGGAAAAGCUCGGGGAGUGGGUGACCAUCCCGACGACGUAUGCGGGUGGGGCACGACAUAUUGGCGAUCUCGAGCUGGUCGACCGUCUGUCACACGGCAAGGUGGAUCUCACGUUUGGCAGCGCCCUCGACAUCUUUGGAGGCACCGGUGUCACGUUGGACGAGCUGGUGCGUUGGAACGAUGGUGCCCACAACAAGAACGCCUAG